CUCACGAUAGUGUUUAAGAGGGUUGCCUUUAAAAAGAUGUGGUUAACUUUAAAAAAAAAAAUUGAGACCUGAGUUACUGCAUUGUUUUUAUAUCAUUUGGAUCAAAGAUUGAUUUCCCUGCACACAUGAAAUAAAAUUUUCCUUUUACAUUUGGUUCACUAACCAUCAACAGUUGUUGGAUAUUUGCUGGUUUGCUCUUUCAAAUGGUGAAUGUGUUUCUAUACCAAAAUAAGAUUUGAAGAUUUGCAUCCAAUAAGAGUAAGUUGGUGGCUUCGACCCAUGACGUGUGAAUUGAUAAUGGUGUAGACCAGAAACUUCCUCUUAUUGUAUACCAAAAUCCUUGACAGCUAUCCGAAGUGCUCGUUGUAUCUCAACUUUCUUGGGCCAUUUCAGCUCCUUGAUCAUCAUCAUGUCUGGCAAAGGCGGCUUCAACGUCAGUGGCAAGUGGGAGCUCGAGUCGACCAAAAACUACCCGGAGUGGCUUGAGGACAUGGGAAUACCGGAGGCUGAACGCCAGAAGAGCCUGGCCAAUACACCGAGCCUGGAGAUUGUUCACGAGGGGGACACCUUCGACUACGUGUCUCGGAAGGGUGAGGUGAUGAAGAAAGUCACCAAGAAGAUCGGGGAGGAGUACUUGGAUACUGCGCAUGGCUUGAGUGAAACCAGGGUUCCACGUUGGGAGGGAGACAAAUUGGUCAUAUCAGCUGCCAACAACCCACCGGGCCGAUGGACCACAACAUGUGAGCUGGACUGCAACAGACUACUCCUGACCUACACCAGUCAUCAUGACGGAAAAGAUGGCGUCACUGCUAAGAGAUGGUUUGCUAGAGUCGGGGAACCAGACUCUGAUUUUGUGCUACAGCAGAAAACAGAGCAGAAUUAACAAAAUUCAUUUCUGAAACAGAUUUCAGCCUUUUGGAGGAAAAAGACCUGUUCUGUACACAAAAAGAGAAAUAAAUAUUGGUAUAUUAUACAAGACGAGAAAGAAAUUGUAGGUAUAUUGUGUGAAGAGUUUAUUUCCAAAACGCGACAUAUCCAUUUGAAAAAAGUGAAAAACUUUGACGGUUAUGAAACUUUAAAGAAUAAAAACAAAAUAACAGCCGUUUUUAAAAUUCAUUUUUUGCUUUAUUGUAUUCUUACAACCAUUAAAAUGGAUUAUGGGCAGCCAGGAGAGAUUUGGCAGUGAAAGCUAACAAAAUGGUGUAUAUUGCGUUUUGGAAAUACCUUCAUGUGUAUAAAGUACACAUUUCCAAUUCAACACAUAAUGUACAACUUUUGGUUAUUCAACUUCUUCACCAAAAUGAUUGAUUGAAA